UGGCCGGUGGGGCUGGUGGGGGGGCUGCGCCUGGAGCGCCCGCUGGUCUCGGGGGGCCGCGUGGUGGGCUUCCACACGGGCUGGCGGCCCGAGCGCCCCUUCCCCCUGGACAUGGCCGGCUUCGCCGUGGCGCUGCGGCUGCUGCUCGCCCACCCCCGCGCCCGCUUCGACCCCCGCGCCGAGAGGGGCUUCCUGGAGAGCUCCUUCCUGGGGGGGCUGGUGACCCCCGGGCAGCUGGAGCCGCGCGCGGGCAACUGCACACAG